GCUUGGCCUGCCGGAGGGCAGCAACAGAAGACGGUGAAACUACCGUAGAGGGCAGCAACAGAAGACGGUGAAACUACCGUGGAGGGCAGCAACAGAAGACGGUGAAACUACCGUGGAGGGCAGCAACAGAAGACGGUGAAACUACCGUGGAGGGGAGCAACAGAAGACGGUGAAGCUACCGUGGAGGGCAGCAACAGAAGACUGUGAAACUACCGUGGAGGGGAGCAACAGAAGACUGUGAAGCUACCGUGGAGGGCAGCAACAGAAGACGGUGAAACUACCGUGGAGGGCAGCAACAGAAGACCUUCUCAUGGCCUGCCAGUCUGUCUCCAUCAUCAACAUGGACGAGCAGGCCCUGCUGGGGCUCAACCCUAAUGCAGACGCCUGCUAUAGGCAGAAGGCGAUGGUGUAUUUUGAGCAGUUGAAGGAGUCCCAGGAUGCCUGGGAGGUGUGUGCAGAGGCCCUGGCUAAAGGCAUUUACAGUGACGACCAUGUGAAGUUCUUCUGUUUCCAAGUCCUGGAGCACCAGAUCAAGUACAGACAUGGAGGGCUCAGUCCUGCCCAGCAACAGCUGAUCAGAGAAACCCUGAUGAAGUGGCUACAGGGUCAGUUAAUGAACUCCCAACCAGAGAAGCCGUUCAUCCGUAACAAGGCAGCCCAGGUGUUUGCUCUGACCUUCGUGAUGGAGUACCUGACCCACUGGCCCAAGUUCUUCUUCGACCUGCUGUCUCUAGUGGGCCUGAACCCACAUGGGGUCGACGUCUACCUCAGAACACUGAUGGCUAUCGACGCUGAGGUGGUGGACAGAGACAUCCUGCACUCCCCUGAGGAGGUUCGUAGGAACACAUUAAUAAAGGAUGGUAUGAGGGGAAGCAG